UUUUUUGAUCCCUUCAAUUUUGUUUUUCUAGAAUGAACAUCAAAGAAGUUGGUUUAUCUGAUGCUGCAUUGGACGCACUGGCAUAGUGUUUUUCCAAAAAACCUUCUGAAAUCAAGAGAUAUGAAUCACCAUCAAACAUCUCAUACAGGAGAGAUAUACGAAGUUCUUAGUAAGGGAGAGAAUUUUGUGAAGGGCCCUGGGAAUUCAUUUCUUGAUAAAGAUCUUGAAGCAGCUCUUGAUUCUUUUGACAACAUGUUUUGUCGUCGAUGUCUUCUCUUUGAUUGUAGGCUGCAUGGAUGUUCCCAGGAUCUUGUCUUUCCAUAAUUUAUCAAUUGUCAAGCUGAGAAACAACUUUCAUGGAGCUUUCCAGAUGAGGAACAUAUACCAUGUGGUCCGCAUUGUUAUAAACUAGGAAGGGUGACUAUUUAAAAUAACAUUCAGUAGCUUGAACUUCUCAUAUUUAUUUUUGUUAUCUAUUCACUACACAUCUUUUAUUGGCUUUGUUUUUAUUAUUAUUAUGUUUUACGAU